AUGUGGCUUCUGUUUACAGGAUUUCUGGCUGCUGCCUAUGCACUCCAGGUUCCAAAGGGAUACAAUCCAGAGAACCUAAUCCUCGGCCUUAUAUAUGCUUGGUUCUGUAUCUACAUGUUCUUCUCUCAUGUCUCAACAGACUAUGUCACCAAACCUUGGAACAUCGCCUUUGCAUUCAUAAACAGGCAACUAUCUCAUAUCAGAAGUUGGAUAUUAUCAUUAGUCUACGCAAUCUUUGUGUUUGCCGUAAUUGCAAUCACAGUAUUUUCGUUACCUGAAUCUGAUUCAUCGACACGUAUACAACGUUUAAUUGCCCUGGCUGGCAUGAUUUUAUUCUUGCUUUUUGUCUUUGCCACCUCAACCAACCAUCGUGCUGUCAAAUGGAACACAAUCACCACAAGUAUUCUACUCCAGUUCCUCUUGGCCUUAUUCGUUUUUCGUUCCCAAGCAGGUCACGAUAUCUUUCAGUGGGCAUCUACCUUUGCCCAAGGUUAUCUUAGCAAAGCUUGGCAUGGUACUAGCUUCGUUUUCGGUGAAAAUGUCGCAAAUUCUGGAUUGUUUGCCGUCAGUGUCUUCCCCGCUGUUAUCUUCUUUGCUGCUACAGUACAGGUGCUAUAUUACAUCAAUGCCCUACAAUGGCUUCUCAGGAAAUGCGCCUCUGUUUUCCGAGCCAUCUUAGGCGUCUCUGGAGCUGAAGCUGUGGUAGCAGUAGCGUCUCCUUUCUUGGGUCAAGGCGAAAACGCUUUGUUGAUCAAACCUUUCCUGCCCCUGUUAACUCCAGCCGAAAUGCAUCAAAUUAUGACAUCUGGCUUUGCUACAAUCUCAGGCUCUGUAUUGUACGGCUACAUUGCCAUGGGUGUUUCCGGUCAGGCAUUGCUGACAUCUUGUAUUAUGUCGAUUCCCUGUUCUCUGGCAAUCUCGAAGCUACGUUAUCCAGAAACAGGCGUGCCUAUAACCAAAGACAAGGUGGUUGUACCUCCCAGCCAAGAAAAGCCUGCAAACAUUCUCCACGCUGCUGGUGAAGGUGCUGCUAUCGGUAUCAACAUUGCUCUCCUUAUGACCGCCAACCUGAUCUCCCUCCUUGCUUUGUUAUAUGCCGUCAAUGCCGCUCUUACCUGGAUUGGAAACUUCUUGACAAUUCAUGAAUUAACACUUCAGCUGAUUACUGGGUAUAUUUUUGUGCCGGUGGUAUGGUUCAUGGGGAUUGAGAACAAGGAUGUAUUGCUUGUUGGUAGACUAUUGGCUAACAAAAUCUGGGCAAAUGAGUUUGUUGCAUACGAUAUUUUGAUGACAACCUACAAAGACCUCUUGUCGGAACGUUCUCAUAUUAUUUCCACCUAUGCUCUUUGUGGUUUUGCCAACCUUGGUAGUGUUGGUCUCCAGAUUGGCGUUUUGAGUGCACUAGCACCCAAGAGAGCCGGUGACAUCUCUCGUCUGGCCGUAUCCGCUAUGAUCUGUGGUGCUGUCAGUACUUGGGUAUCUGCAUCAAUAGCAGGAAUGCUAAUCUAA